CCACCAUAAAAUUUUACCAUCCAUUGGUCGGCCAUUUCGAAUCUCCACUCCUCUCUCUUUCUCCAUUUUUUUUUCUUCUUCUUCUUCUUCUUCUUCUUCCCAUCCCAUCAAUGGCGGACAGCGAUCUCACCUCGCAGCUACUCCCCGCCGAACCCACCGAUCGCGUCGAUGUAAUCCUCAGAAUCGAAGACGACACCGGUCCACCGGAGCAGAUCAAUUAUCAGAACGGCAAUCACGACGAUUCUCGAUUGUGUUCUCGAAAUCCCUAUGGGUUUCUUGGCUCGGAUGGAUUCUCCGUUCCGGAGACCGCCACGAUGGAUCCGUUUCGGAACUCCACGCCGAGUAUCGAUGGGGUUUAUGAGUGGGUUAAGAUUGUGGUCUGCAUACCUAUUGCGCUUGUUCGUCUCGUGCUUUUUGGACUCGGUCUUUUGGUUGGAUAUGUAGCGACAAAGUCAGCGCUUCAUGGGUGGAAGGAUAGGGAGAAUCCGAUGCCGAGGUGGAGGUGUAGGCUCAUGGGGGUUACAAGGCUUUGCUCGCGGUGUAUUCUAUUUUCUUUUGGAUAUCAUUGGAUAAAAAGAAAAGGGAGACCUGCUCCAAGGGAAAUUGCUCCAAUUGUCGUAUCUAAUCAUGUAUCUUAUAUAGAACCUAUCUUUUAUUUUUAUGAGUUAUUUCCAACCAUGGUCGCAGCUGAGUCCCACGAUUCGAUACCCUUUGUUGGGACCAUUAUCAGAGCCAUGCAGGUGAUCUAUGUAGAUAGGUUUUCACCUACAUCAAAGAAGCAUGCCAUUAGUGAAAUAAAGAGAAAGGCUUCUUGUAAUAGAUUUCCAAGAGUUUUAUUAUUUCCGGAGGGCACCACAACAAAUGGAAGGUCUCUUAUUUCUUUUCAACUUGGUGCUUUCCUUCCUGGUUAUGCAAUCCAACCCGUAGUUGUUCGUUAUCCUCAUGUACACUUUGACCAAUCAUGGGGGCUUGUUUCUUUGCCGAAGAUCAUGAUUAGAAUGUUUUUGCAAUUUCACAAUUACAUGGAGGUUGAGUAUCUUCCUGUUAUUUCACCACGGCAUAACAGAAAAGAAAGUACUCUUGAAUUUGCUAAGAGAACUAGCCAUGCAAUUGCCACCUCCCUAAAUGUUGUCCAAACGUCUCAUUCAUAUGGAGAUUUAAUGCUUCUGACCAAGGCCUCCGAGGCAAAACAAGAGAGACCCUCUGAUUAUUUGAUCGAAAUGGCCAAGAUGGAACAAGUCAGCAGCCUUGAAGCUGUUGAUUUUCUUGAUAAGUUUCUGUCCAUGAAUCCAGACUCUAGUGGCCGUGCUACAUAUGAUGGCUUUAUAAGAGCUUUAAGACUCAAGGCUUGUACGGUUGCUGAAGAGAUAUUUUCUUUUAUUGAUAUAGAGGAGAUGGGAUCAAUAACAUUCAAGCAGUACCUGUUCGGUUCUUUACAUGUUACGAGGCUGCAAAAUUUUCAGCAAUCCUGUGAGACGAUCCUUGAUGAAUGUAGCAACGAAGGAGAUAACAUUUCAGAACAAAAACUAGAAGAAUUCAUCAGACCAGCAAUACCAGAUCUGAAUACCGACGAGGCCCAUGAGCUCUUCAAACUGUUUGAUACUGAUGGCGACGGGAAGAUUAGCAAGGACGAUUUCCUCUGCUGCUUAAGAAAGAACCCGCUGCUGAUUGCACUUUUCUCGUGGCAUCUGCUGCCGAGUUCGUAGUCGGAGAUAACAUAGUGUGUCUAACAUUGUUUGAUGAUUGAGUUUGUUUCCCAUGUCUUGUUUGGUCAUAUUACUAUAACCUCCUCCCUGAAUAUUGAUUAGGAGGAAACAAAGAUGUAGGAGAGGGUUGGGCUUUUCCAUGAAUAUACAAUAGGUAGUGGGGCAACAUAUUUUACUACAUUGCCCCUUGUGAAGUUAUCCACUCCUUAAAACUUCUUCAUAUGUUUUGAUCUGAGUUCUUGUAGUGUCAAAAAACUCUCUGCCUUUUGGUAAUGUUGCCAUAAUCUAUACAACUUUGCUGUUUGCUGAUUGCUGAUUAUAAAAUCUGCUCAACAGACUCCAGGCCAUUACCUUGUGGAUAUUCAAAUUCUCUCCAUGUUCCAAACUCGAGGUACUGUAUCUCAAUCAUAAUCUGUAAUAAAUUUGUUUGGAUAUUGAUACAA